AUGCGCCCCCAGAUCGCCCGUUCCGUGCGUACGCUUGGCCGCCGCGCCAACUCGUCCAACGCUGCCGACAAGGCCAAGGCCGCUGCCCAGGACGUUGCAGAGAACCCCCAGGUCAAGAAGGCCGUUGAGUCUGCCAAUGCCGCUUUUACCCAGGCGUCGGCGGCCGUGUCCCGCGUGACUGGCCCCGUUGGCGACAAGGUCGGGAACAUGCUUGGCGCGUACAAGAAGCCCCUCACCUACAACUGGAACGUCUUCACCUCGCUCUGCCGCCAGGUGUACCAGGCUGAGAAGCUCGCCCCUCCCACCAGCCUCAACCAGUGGGCGUCGGCGUACUCACAGAUCUUCUCCGCCGCCGCCUCGCCCGCGUUCUGGCAGAAGGCCAUGUCCAACGGCCAGGCUGCCAAGAUUGCCGUUGCUGGCGUCGAGGCGUACGGCAUCUACAAGGUCGGCGAGAUCAUCGGCCGCCGCAACCUCAUCGGCUACAAGUCGUCCGCCCCCGCGCACCACUAA